UAAAGGUCGCUCCCCCAGCAUCCUCCGUGCUGGAUACUCAGCCAUCUUGGAUCCGCGGGACAAGAAAAUUCAUGCGGAAGUGUUCUUCAGUCAAAGUUUGCUUACCUCAGCAGAGACAAAAAUUUAAUGGGCAAAAGUACAGUGUUUAGGUGACAAACAGCAUGUUUGGUGCUUCAAGAAAGAAGUUUGUAGAGGGGGUCGACAGUGACUACCACGAUGAAAACAUGUACUACAGCCAGUCUUCAAUGUUCCCACAUCGGUCGGAAAAAGAUUUUGCAGAGAGGGAGGAAGUAAAAUGCAUCUCUGAGUCACAUUUUAAGAAAUUACAGAUGCUGGCAUCACCAUCAACAUCAGGUCAGCUGUCUCAGUUUGGGGCAAGUUUAUACGGGCAACAAAGUGCACUAGGCCUUCCAAUGAGGGGAAUGAGCAACAAUACCCCUCAGUUAAAUCGCAGCUUAUCACAAGGCACUCAGUUACCGAGCCACGUAACGCCAACAACAGGGGUACCAACAAUGUCACUUCAUACGCCUCCAUCUCCAAGCAGGGGUAUAUUGCCUAUGAAUCCUAGGAAUAUGAUGAACCACUCCCAGGUUGGUCAGGGCAUUGGAAUUCCCAGCAGGACAAACAGCAUGAGCAGUUCAGGGUUAGGCAGUCCCAACAGAAGCUCGCCUAGCAUAAUAUGUAUGCCAAAGCAGCAACCCUCUCGACAACCUUUUACUGUGAACAGUAUGUCUGGAUUUGGAAUGAACAGGAAUCAGGCAUUUGGAAUGAAUAACUCCUUAUCAAGUAACAUUUUUAAUGGAACAGAUGGAAGUGAAAAUGUGACAGGACUGGACCUUUCAGAUUUUCCAGCACUAGCAGACAGAAAUAGAAGGGAAGGAAGUGGCAACCCAACUCCAUUAAUAAACCCAUUAGCUGGAAGGGCUCCCUAUGUCGGAAUGGUAACAAAACCAGCAAGUGAGCAAUCCCAGGACUUCUCAAUACACAAUGAAGAUUUUCCAGCAUUACCAGGCUCCAGUUACAAAGAUCCAACAUCAAGUAAUGAUGACAGCAAAUCUAAUUUGAGUACAUCAGGCAAAACAUCUUCUAGUGCAGACGGACCCAAAUUCCCUGGAGAUAAAAGUUCAACAACGCAAAACAACAACCAGCAGAAAAAAGGGAUCCAGGUGCUACCUGAUGGUCGGGUUACCAACAUUCCUCAAGGGAUGGUGACGGACCAGUUUGGAAUGAUUGGCUUGUUAACAUUCAUCAGGGCAGCAGAGACGGACCCAGGAAUGGUACAUCUUGCAUUAGGAAGUGACUUAACAACACUAGGUCUCAAUCUCAACUCUCCUGAAAAUCUCUACCCCAAAUUUGCAUCACCUUGGGCAUCUUCGCCUUGUCGACCUCAAGACAUAGACUUCCAUGUUCCAUCUGAAUACUUAACGAACAUUCACAUUAGGGAUAAGCUGGCUGCAAUAAAACUUGGCCGAUAUGGAGAAGAUCUACUGUUUUAUCUCUAUUACAUGAAUGGAGGAGAUGUAUUACAGCUAUUAGCAGCAGUAGAGCUAUUUAACCGUGAUUGGAGAUACCACAAAGAAGAACGAGUAUGGAUCACCAGGGCACCAGGCAUGGAGCCAACAAUGAAAACCAAUACAUAUGAGAGGGGAACAUAUUACUUCUUUGACUGUCUUAACUGGAGGAAAGUAGCUAAGAAUUUGAUUAUCAACUGUCCAGUUCCAGAGGAAGCAGCGAAGAUUCUCACUUGCAAUACUCUGGAAUUAUAUUUACUUGAACACCGAGGGAGGAACUGACUUCCAUUGUAUUUUUAUGAGAUGCUGAGUGCUUUUAUGGUAUGAUGCAUUCAGAACAAGGUGAUCUCUUCAGCGCUAUCUCUGGCAUGAGUUUAACACCCAAAAAAACCCAACAACAAAACCCCACCCAAGAACCUUACACUAAAUGCAGUGCAAUUUAUUGGAUCAAUGGUCCCUCAAGAAUUCACUGAGAAGUUUUAUUUUGUCAUUAUAGGGUCAUCUGGAUAUAGCAUGGGUUUGCAAUGUUCAAAUUUAAAUGUCUGAUCUGCUACAGAAUAUUUGUUUGUUUUGAAGUUCCACAUUUCUUAAUCAUCAAGGAAAGGGGAAUAGGCAUAUAUAUAUGCCUUUCUCCCAUUUCCUCUGUUGUUUCAAAGUUGACCUUGAUAUCUUCAGCUCAACAGACGUGGCUCUUGAAUAUUAGCUCUUUUCAAGAAUGUACCCAUUACUCUUCCCUAUAACCUAUUCUCAGAUCCUUUAUCUCAAGAAAGAGGGCAAGUAUUUCAUCCAACUUGAGAUUUCCUUAACCUGAAAGCCUAAUUGCAGGAUUGUUUGUUGGUGAGUCAUUGCACUUCUCUGUGUAAAUCACAUAUCUGCUGUUUGGAAUGAUGAAAAUAUUCUUCUAAGCAGUUAUAUGCCUGAAGGUGAAAGUAUUUUCAGGUUUAACCAGAGUCUAAAGGGGGUAGUUCCAUUUUCUCCCCUGUAGCAGUUACCUUGAUUUUUCUGUUACCACAGUGGACUCAGGUUUGUCUUCAUCUACAGAUAGUAUAUAUAAUAGGUCGUCUCUGACUACCAUAUUAAUGUGCAAGAGUAUUCAGUAUUUUCAAAUCCCUCAAUAAAAUGGCUUCUUACUAGUCUGGUGACUGUGAGAACAUCUAGUUCUCACAAAGUUUAUGGAAUCCUUUUUUUUUUUGAUGUCGUGAUAUGUUAUCUUUUGCAUCUGUAAUUAGGUUUUGUUUUGAGUUUUUGUGUGUGUUAGCCAGUCAAAAAACAACAACAAGAACAUUUCCACACUUCAGGUUUUAAUGGCAAAACUGCCUUAUACAAUUUUUCAUACAGGCAAAAUAAUUGUAAGGCCUCAAACAAACAAAAUUGGCCUAGAUGAACUUGGAUUUUUAAUUGAAUUGGUUGAUUUCUUUAUCAAUUUUUUUUCUUAGUCUUAGGUAUGCUGUCAGUAAUGCUAUCCUACAUGCCUGAGACGUUCAGAGAGGUAUUACCUAUUACCUUAAUAGCGGGAAAAGGCCCUAUUGGAAAUCUACAAGGUUGUUUCUCGCUUUUGACGAAGAGUGAAGGCCAAACCCUUUCAGUUCUGAGUCUGUAUAAAUGGAUCAUAUUAUGUAUUCAGACAUCCUAUGAGCUUAUUUGAAUUGCUGUACCAGAAAAAAUAAGUGCCCACUCUGCCACAGAGGUAGCAGCAUGCAUAGCUGCUAUUCGCUAUAUGCCUGUAGUAGAAAUUGUAAAGUUGCUGCAUGGAGCUUGAUUAUUCCUACUUUUAGAAAGCAGUAUUCUCUUUGCAGAAUGUAGAUUGGAUGCUGUAUUCAGGAGAGCAGAACUUCAGUCUUUUUGACUAGUGUGCUCCUCGUCCCUCUUCCAGGGGAUAGGUAGUCUACAGCAGUGUCAAUAAAGAAAGAUUACUUUUACCAAUAGCUGUUGCUCUCCCAAAUAUAUUGUCUCUGCAGAUCCAUACAGCUUCUCCUACCUCCUUCAGCUUCACAAAUUGAUGAUAAUUGUCCAAUAUUAGGGAGGAACUGAGGUCUAGUUAGGGAAAGAGGUAGAGUUUUUUAUACCUUUUCUAGAAUUCUGGAUCCAAGGAACAUGCAAGCAAUAGAGUCUUAACAACUUAUUGAUUUCUUGUUAGUUUGGAGCAAAAUAUACCAGGCAAGCUGAAUAUUGGUGGAAAGGGAGCUAUGGAGGACUAUGAGGAAAAUUUGCUUUUUUGAGCAAUGGAAAAAUAACGAUUAGGCUAGCUCUUACUAUCUAUGUGUAAAACUCAUCUAAGACAAGUGGGAAUUUUAGGCACAGAUGGAGGGCAAGUAUAUGUCCGUGUAGUAAAAAUGCUAUCUCUAAUAUUAAUCUUUGGAGUCAAAAUUUCCUAAGAAAUUUAGGAUAAUAAGGACAUGAUUAAAUUUAAAUGCUGUUUUUAAUAUUAAGGGUUAGUUGUCCAAGUGACUAUACUUCUAAAUCCCAUUAGAAAAAUUAAAUUCCAGGACAGUACAAAUAUCAAAUACCGUGGAGAACGUAUUCUGAUCAAUUGCAACCACAUGGAGUCAUUUUUAAAAGAUAUUUUCCUUGUACUUUGUUUUACUGUAACAGAUACAUUAUUACUUAAUAUUGAGAAUAUCAGUUUGCCAGAAGAGCAUAUUAAUAACUGAUACUUAAUUGAUCCAUGGAUGUUGCUUUACUGCAGUCAGGUUAGAAUUAUCUGCAAUAAAUUACCAUCGUUUACAUCUGUACUUAAAUAAAUUAUUUUUCUAGGUGCUUUAUAAUCUUUCCUCUUGUUUUAAUGUAUAUGUGCAUUCUUUGGAUAAUAUUACUAAAAGCGCCAGACUGUU